CUGGUGCACAGUGCCUCCUUCUGUCUAUGCCAUGAACAUAUAAACUGAAGUCCCAAGGAGAGGGAAGAGGAGCCAAGGCAAGUUUCUUGAUGGAGAAUGAUAGAGUUAGAAGAGUCCCCAAGUAAACAUCCAGCAAUGUCUGACAGCACAAAAAGAUCACUCAGCACAAGAGACUGCGAACCGGAGUGAGGGAUGUAAAGAAGGAAGGAAAGCUGCCAGGAGCUUCAGCCAGCUCGGGAGACCCUCCUCUCUGUGGAGGGGAGGGGGGAUUUCCAGCGACACAUCAUUGGCGAGAGGGACCUUUGCAAGAGAGGAGUCCUCUGAGGGAGCAGGGUAUCCCCCUGUGGCACAGGAGCCAGAGCUGCUGGCUGAGCGGAGCUGGGUCUGUGGGAGCUAGCUGAUGUGGCCAUGCCUGUUCCAGAGGAAUCCUGCUUCAGGUGAUCUCCUUUCUAAAGACCCCAGCUCUGUGGCUCUGUCCAGUUCAAAAUGGCAGAAAAGGCACCACCUGGCUUGAACAGAAAGACAUCCAGAUCAACACUUUCUCUUCCUCCAGAACCUGUGGACAUUAUCCGAAGCAAAACAUGCUCUCGGAGAGUUAAGAUCAAUGUAGGGGGCCUUAACCACGAAGUCCUGUGGAGAACUCUGGACAGGCUCCCCAGGACGCGCCUGGGAAAGCUCCGAGACUGUAACACGCACGAGAGUCUCCUGGAGGUGUGCGAUGACUACAACCUUAAUGAGAAUGAGUAUUUUUUCGACCGACAUCCUGGAGCCUUCACAUCUAUUCUAAACUUCUACCGGACAGGGAAGCUCCACAUGAUGGAAGAAAUGUGUGCGCUCUCUUUUGGCCAAGAGCUUGAUUAUUGGGGCAUUGAUGAGAUCUACCUAGAGUCCUGCUGCCAAGCCAGAUACCAUCAGAAGAAAGAGCAGAUGAACGAAGAACUGAGGAGGGAGGCAGAGACCAUGCGUGAACGCGAGGGUGAGGAGUUUGAUAACACCUGCUGCCCGGAGAAAAGGAAGAAACUUUGGGACUUGUUGGAGAAACCUAACUCGUCAGUGGCUGCAAAGAUCCUGGCUAUCGUGUCCAUACUGUUCAUCGUUCUUUCCACCAUUGCUCUGUCUCUCAACACACUUCCGGAGCUGCAAGAAAAUGAUGAAUUUGGGCAACCUAGUGACAACCGGAAGUUGGCGCAUGUAGAGGCUGUGUGUAUUGCUUGGUUUACCAUGGAGUACCUUUUACGAUUCCUGUCCUCACCGAAUAAAUGGAAAUUCUUUAAAGGCCCACUGAAUGUCAUUGACCUCCUAGCCAUCUUGCCAUAUUAUGUAACCAUCUUCCUCACCGAGUCUAACAAAAGUGUGUUGCAGUUCCAGAAUGUGAGACGCGUGGUCCAGAUCUUCCGAAUCAUGCGCAUCCUCAGGAUCCUGAAACUUGCCAGACACUCAACAGGUCUGCAGUCUCUGGGCUUCACACUCAGGCGGAGUUACAAUGAGUUGGGUUUAUUAAUAUUAUUUCUGGCCAUGGGGAUAAUGAUAUUUUCCAGCUUGGUGUUUUUUGCUGAGAAAGAUGAAGAUGCUACCAAAUUCACCAGUAUCCCUGCAUCAUUUUGGUGGGCUACCAUCACCAUGACCACUGUGGGCUAUGGUGACAUUUACCCUAAAACACUGUUAGGGAAAAUUGUGGGUGGCCUCUGCUGCAUUGCAGGAGUCCUGGUUAUUGCCCUUCCCAUACCCAUCAUUGUCAACAAUUUCUCUGAAUUCUAUAAGGAGCAAAAACGCCAGGAGAAAGCUAUUAAAAGGAGAGAGGCUCUUGAAAGAGCCAAAAGAAAUGGCAGCAUCGUUUCUAUGAACUUAAAGGAUGCCUUUGCUAGAAGUAUGGAACUGAUAGAUGUGGCUGUGGAGAAGGCUGGAGAGCCAGCCAAUACCAAGGACUCAGUGGAUGAUAAUCACCUGUCUCCAAGCCGGUGGAAGUGGGCCAGGAAGGCACUGUCGGAAACAAGUUCCAACAAGUCUUACGAGAAUAAGUACCAGGAGGUUAGCCAAAAAGACUCCCACGAACAGCUGAACAACACUUCUUCCUCCAGCCCACAGCAUCUGAGUGCCCAGAAGCUGGAGAUGCUAUACAAUGAAAUCACCAAGACACAGCCUCAUUCCCACCCGAACCCAGACUGCCAAGAGCAGCCUGAGAGGCCAUCUGCAUAUGAGGAGGAGAUAGAAAUGGAAGAGGUGGUCUGCCCACAGGAGCAGCUGGCUGUGGCACAGACUGAGGUCAUCGUGGACAUGAAGAGCACCUCCAGCAUUGACAGCUUCACCAGCUGUGCCACUGACUUCACAGAAACUGAGAGAUCACCCCUGCCACCACCCUCUGCCUCUCAUUUGCAGAUGAAGUUCCCCACAGACCUCCCAGGAACAGAUGAGCACCAAAGAGCCAGGGCACCUCCAUUCCUUACACUAAGCAGAGAUAAGGGACCUGCUGCCAGGGAGACUGCAAUGGAUUAUACCCCAAUUGAUAUAACUGUGAACCUUGAUGCUGGGGCUUCCCAUGCUCCUUUGCAACCUGACAGCUCCAGCGACAGCCCUAAGAGCUCUCUGAAAGGGAGCAAUCCCCUCAAGUCCAGAUCCCUCAAAGUGAACUUUCAGGAAAACAGAGCCAGUGCACCACAGACCUCACCCAGCACAGCCAGGCCACUGCCAGUAAUCACAGCUGACUUUCCGCUCAUCACUGCCCAGCACAUGAGUACCAUCCUUCUAGAAGAAGCCCUCCCCCAGGGACAGAGACCCUUGCCGGGAGCUGAUGUUUCAGCACACUACCAGGGACCAUCCCCACGAUUUCCCAAGCAAAAACUGUUUCCUUUUUCUUCUAGAGAAAGGAGGAGCUUCACUGAAAUAGAUACUGGAGAAGACGAAGACUUCUUGGAGCUCCAAAAGUCAGGAGCAGACAACCAAGCAGACCCCAGCCCCAACUGCUCAGUAGAUGAGCCUAGCGAUGCCAGAGACCCUUUAAGAGAGGCAGGCUGUGUGGGCUCCUCCUCUCCUCAGAACACAGACCACAACUGUAGGCAACACACUUACCAGGCUGUGGGUGAAGUCAAAAAGGACAGUAGUCAAGAAGGUUACAAGAUGGAGAACCACUUGUUUGCCCCAGAAAUUCAUUCCAACCCAGGAGACACAGGUUACUGUCCCACUCGUGAGACCAGCAUGUGACUAGUUAUAAAAGCAAUAAAAGAAAAAAAAAACUUGUUUCUUAAAAAUGCGAUUAAUAAUGCCGUGAACUGAAAUAUGAGAAACCCCUCCCCCAAUACCAGUGCAUAAAAUGUUAUUUUUGCAUGGCAUGAACAAUUUAGUUUAAGUACUGUUUAAAUAAAGAGUCAAGACUGCAUUUUGUAACAAACAAAACGGAGUCCUGAAUAGCGAGCAAAUAAAAAGUGCUCUCUAGGAACCAGUGCUCGGCCAUGUCUGACAUUUUUGCUCCUUUCAUUUCCAACAGUAGGCAGGUUUUGGAGUUUUAACUCUUACCUCCCAAUGAACUUUAGAAUUUGCACAUGAAAGGAGGAAAUGUUGUUGCAUGUGUCCAUACUUAUGGGGAGUAAGGUGCUUUCGGCUUGCAAAACUUUGCAUAACUUUGUAAAUAGGCCUGGAUGAAAGAGUGUCGCUUACGCGUGGACAGGCUGUUUCUGAGACUCGUACUUGCUUCACAGCUACUGCCUGGAGGAGCUGUCCAGACUUCCUGCUGCAAAAUUGUAACCUCUUCUUAACCCAUUUUGUGCAUCUUGCUUUGGAUUAUAAAGCUUCUAUGUUAGUUUAAAGGAGUACAGUAUUUUUAUUUAUUUAAGAUAUAAUUUGGAGGGUAUGUUUAUAUGUAUUUUCAUUUAUUUGGGAUACAAUUUACAGGGCACUUUUUUUCUUUUCUUUUCUUCUUUAGCUUAGUUGUUGCAAUUGUGAUAUUCUUAAAAAUCAUGGAAAUUAGUAAGAUUUAAUGACCAGAUAUUAUAUUUGGAAUUUAAGCUUGAACUUUUACCUAUAAACUAAAAAUCAUGCCAUAGACUAUUAUGGAAACAUAAACUAUUUCAGUUUACAUAAAGCUGAAAAUGUACAGAAGGUUCUAUUAUAAAAUAAAAUUUUUAAUUGGUAUUCCACAUUUGGAAAUCACCUUUAAAACAAUGUGUUUUGGCACUCCAAACAUGGCUGUUAUUUCUUUUGUUGUCCAACAUACAAGAGCUGUUAAAAUGAAGAUUCCAUAAAAUGACUUUUAAGAAACUAAAAGUAGAGCCCCUUCAGAGACAGAGCUGGUCUCAGCGUAAGUCACUGUGCUAGGAGCCCAGGUCUGGGCCACUAAAUCGUUUUCACACAGGUAGAGGCUUAGGAUGGCAGUCAAGGUGCAAAACAAGGUUCUUGCAGACUUAAACCCUUCUCGAGCACGGCCAGGACACUCAGUAACCGCAGCAGCCUGGAGGCUCUCUCAGGUUUCCAAGCCUGGAACCCCUAAAAGAACACUUUCCUUGCUGAAAGUCAUCUUACCGAGAACACCAAGUCCACAGGCACUGGGCACUGGACGUCACCCUGUUCACCGGACCCAUCUUGCUUUGUGGAAAUCAAGGCUCCGGCUACUGAUGAGCAGCUACCAGCUGUGCAGUCUCCAAAAUGACUCCAACCUCUUGGGAUCUCACUUACAUCCAAAUAAAAAAAGUCUAAAUUAUUUCUAAGCCCAUUUAAAAUCCCAAAUUACUGAUUUCUUAGUUUUUCCCGGCAAUGCUCAGGUUUUGCGGUAGCAAAAUGUAUUUCGUGCAUGUGUGUAUAUAGUUCAGGGAAAUGGAGAAACUGCCGGCACAAACUACAAAGUACAUUGUUUAAGGGGGGAAAUCUAAAUUUGUUCUUUGUUUUUUAAAGGAAAAACAUUUAGAAAAAUAGCCCAAAUAUUUAGAAUCUAAUAUGUCUUGAAUAUUUCUUAAUUAACAGGAUCUGGUCAUUAAAUCUCAGAUAAGGAAACAAACUUUGAUUUUAAAAUUCAAGCAGUCCUGGUAUUAAGAAUAAUUCAAAAUAUUUCUUUUGUCCCAUUGUGCUUAGGAUUUCUUAAUGCGUUUUAUGUUUGUCUCAAAACAAAACCUUUAAGAGUUUAGUCACCUAUCAUUGAUAUUUAUAUUAUGCAUACUUCUUUUUGUGUCUAAAGACUAAGUGUUGAUCAGUUUUUGUAAAUCUAGAGUAUUUGAAUUUUCUAUAUAUAGUUUUACAAAGUUAAGCAGGUAUAACUAUUGUUAGAUGAAUAACAAAUAAGUUACAAAGAUCGUUUUCUCAUACAGCCUCCUGAAGCAGUUGUUUUCUAAGGUCUCCUACUGCUGAAUCUAUUUUUUUUAUUCAUCUGGUUUCAUAAGUGGACUUAUUGCCGUAUGGCCAGUGUCCCACGUCUCAUAUCUGUCAGGGCUUCUACUGAGAACCAUGUUCCACAAUGCUCAUGAUAGGGCCCUUACCCGGUCUCUGCUGUUUUCCUUGUAAGCAUUUUUUCUGAAGUCUCUCCCUUUCAUUCUCAGAGUUUGUUUGGAAGAUUGCUGUUUAUCUCAUUUUUAUAUUUUAAAGAAUUGUUUUUAAGUCCUUGGAAAUUUCAUCCUUUGAGUCUUUUUAGUUCCUCUGAGACAAAUGUCUUCAGGUAGGAGAAACAAAGGAACACUUUCUUCUAAGAAAUCUUCAACUGUGCUGGAUACAAGGAGGUAUCUCCCAGAAUGCAUCUGUGAGUCCUCUCUAAAUUUCAGCAAACAGCAUCAAACUCAGAGAAGAACGUGGAAGUAGAAAGACCUGGAUACAUCUGUCAAGCGAGUUCCUUUUGAAGUCUUUUAUGUUCUACACGCCCACUCUGCAACUUAGUCCAGGACAUAUCUGUUUCAGAAUUUUAAAAUGUUCUUUUAUAUUAUGUAUCAACUAGUAAAACUGACAGUCUUAUGACUUUAAAUACCUCUUUUGUGUCCCUUGGAAAACAUCACUCAAGUUUAGGAAGGACUGCCGGAAGGAGCUAUUGGAAGGUUGUGCUUCUAAGAGUUCAUUUCACCAUUAGCUAGCUCAGUGACCAGGGAUAAAUACAAAUGAAAAAGACUAUUUGAAUGGCCUUACAAGAUGUUGGCAUUACAAGAUGUCUUUAAUUUCAAAUAUAAGAGCAUAGAAACAGGUGUGCAUUGAGUGCUGGGAUACUGAUCAAUGGUAGAGGACCUGCCUAGCAUGCAUGAUACCCUGCUUAAUCCCCAGCACUGUAGUAGACAAAAGCAGGGUUGGGGGGAGGCGAGAGACCUACCUGUCUUAAGCAUACCAAGUGGAUCCCAGAAAUUGACCUAAUUGUUCUCUAAACGUUUCACUGGAAAUACCCUCACUCUGACACAGUCGACUGAUUUGAAGCAAUAUAUGAGCAAACAGUACCAUGAUGAGACCAGAUCUAAUAGCAAAAGAGAGUUGGUGCCCAGUUUCUGUUCCCAUAUUCUCUUGCUAACAUUCUUAUUCCUAUGCUGACCAUGGAAUUUUUACAAUUUAUUUUCUCUUGAAGUUAUAAAGGUUGGGGUGGGGAAGCUUAGGUAUGUUCUUUCUCAGCAGCCCUCAGAAUUAUCAGUAAAGAGAGAAGUCUGUUCUUUGUUCUGUUCCAUCAAGGUCACUGGUGAGUGGCCAACCCUGACCUCACACACACACACAAUCUGGCUCUAAUGUAUCACUAGAAAGGGUGUUCAAUGGCUAAAACCAUGUAAAUAGAAAGCAUAUUGAUAAUAUGAAGUUUUAUUUUAAAGUAGCAAAUCUGUGGAGUAGUAAGAGCUAUGAACCAAGUCAGGCACUUAAGUUUGCCAGUUGGGAAUUCUGGCCAUAGCAUACAUGUUCCUUCACUAAAGAGAAGGCUCUAAUAUUUGUGAUGGGAUGUGGCACACACAUGAGGCAGAAGGCUAUAGAAAGCCAUUUGAUCUUCCUAAACAAAAGCAGACAGAGCUAAAUCCAAUCCAGACUAAAACACGUCAUUUAAUGAAUGUCAUCACUAUUUUGCUGUUUACUCAAUCAACUCUAGAUAAGCAUCUCCCUCUUCCAUGCCAACCACACAAGGGUUCAGUACUCUACCCUGACUGGGAAGGGGUCAGCUCGUAGCCUCAUUGAAGCCUGCCUCCCUGAGAUUCUCGGCUGCACCACUGAUGGGAAGCCACGAGGACUCCUUCCUCCUGCAACUCUUGGCUGCACCACUGAUGGGAAGCCAUGAGGCCUCAUGCCACUUUUGGUUGCACCACUGAUGGGAAGCUGAAGAAACUUGUGGUUACUGCAAAAAGGCAGAAAAAAAUCACCCAGUGAUCUCAUCAGAGAGUCAUAGAACAUACAUAAAUUACCUUACUUUUCCAAAGAACUAUUUUUGUAAGAAAUAGAUGAACUGAAUAAAGCCUAAUUUAUAAUUAUGUUUGAUCAAGUUUAUUUUUCAUGCUUUAAAAGACAAACUGUUGAUCUGAUUACAUGAGGUCAUAAACUAUCUUUGUAAUCUGGUAAAUUAAAAGAUAAUAUUUUAUGGAUGGUAAUGAACCUUAGUGGUAGAGUACCUGUCUGCUUUAGGCCCCAAGACAAAAAAAAAUAUUUUAAUUAGAUGUAUUUCUUAUCAAAAUAGCUAAUAAUAAUCUGUCACAAGUAACUAGAGCAAAAUUUAAUACUAGUAGGAAAGGACUGAAAUUUUUACAUUAUGAAUAAAUUUUAAAACAGCAUUUUAGUGUUUCUCUUCCUGCAGUUUCUUGGCAACAUUACACAAAUAUAUCAUUAUACCCCACUCAAUCCUCUAAAUUCUUAAUGUUUAAAAGUCAGCAUUCAAAACUCCCUUGGUUUGGCUCAAAAAUUUAAUCACUAGGUCUAUGGAGAUUUGAAAGUAAAUUUGGUUAUUUUGCCACUGCAAUGCCUUCCUCAAAGUAACAAAUAGAUAAAUAGAAGACAGAUAGAUAGAUAGAUGAUAGAUAGAUAGAUAGAUAGAUAGAUAGAUAGAUAGAUAGAGAACAGAGAAAAGAGAAAUGGGUUUGGUGGUACAUGCUCUAUCCUAGCACUUGGAAGGUUGAGACAGGAGGACCCCAAGUCUAAACACAGCAUGUCACUGCAUAGUGAAUUUCAGAUUAUCUCAGUUACAUAGUAAGACUCUCUCCCAAAAAAAAGAGGAGGAGAAGGGAGAGGAGGAGGAGGAGGAGUGAAAGGAGAGAAAGAGCAGCAGCAGCAGCCUGACAUAAUGGUAUACACUGGAGUCCCUACACUCAGGAGGCAGAGGUAGGUUAAUUUUGAGGUCAAGGCCAGCCUAGUCUAUAUAUGAAGUUCCAGUCCAUGAAGAGAUGCACAGUAUGACACUGUCUUUAAAGAAAGAGAGAGAAAAAGAGAGUGGGGAGGGAGAGGGAGAGAAAAGAAAGGAAAUAAAAGAAACUCUAAGAUGUACAGAAAUGAAAAUGUUCAAUUGCAGCUGGGCAGCAAUCCUCCCAUGCUUUCAACAGCCAUGUCCUCCACUUGCCUUUGUAAAAUACAAUCCAAGAAUCCUUCUUUACCACCAUCAUUAACAUGCAUUACCUUCCUCAGUAACUCUAAAGGGUAUUAUAUAUAUAGUAUAUAAUAUAUAUAUUAUAUGUAUAUAAACACACAUACAUUUCAAAGCCAGCAAAAGACAAAAAUAUAAAAGAAGAUUGCUAAAUGUAAGUAAUUGGUAUUCUUAUUUGGUAGAUAUACCUUUAUACAUGUUAUACUUAUAAAAAUAUACAUGUAUAAAGUUUAAAUACUUAGAAGAUAUGAUACAUGAAGAAUAAAAUCAGAAGUUACUUCUUACCAUCAAACUAUUCUAGAUUGUUCUGUUGAUACAUAACAAAACUUUCCUGAGCACCUAUAGUUUGCUUGAAGAUAACACAUACAGUCACUUAGUCCAGUUUACAGCCUAGCAGAUGUUUUUUACUUAAAUGAUUAUGUUCCCAUAUGAAUCCAGUUUCACAGAGUAUGCUAGAAA